UUCUGAUGAAAUAAGGGCCACAAUUGUGGACCAUGUUAUAAAUCAUGGCCUUUCAAUGGCUGAAGCAGGUCAAAGGGUGCAGCCAAAUUUGGGGAGAACAACCGUAUCCUCAAUUGUUCAGACAUUUUGCAGAGAGAACAGGUGUGUAAAUCAACGAAUUUACUCUGUAUUUGUGUGUAUUACUUUAUAAUGUUACAGUAUGUCAUAUAUUUACAAUAGUCCACACUAGACAAUAUGUAUGUUACUGUUGUCCAUUCAGUGUUAUAUUUUUACUGUGACACACAGGACUUCAAGACUUCCUGGAAGAGGUGGCAGGGGGCCUAUUUGCACUCCUCGACAGGAAGAGGCUAUUUGUGCUAAGGUCAUAGCAAAUAAUGCCAUAAGACUCAAGGAAAUACAAACUGCCAUUAUUGCUGACAACGAUGUGUUUGAGAAUGUCCAGUCUGUCAGCAUCUCAACUAUUGACAGAGUGCUGAGGAGAAACCAAAUGAGUAUGAAGCAGUUAUACUAUGUACCAUUUGAAAGGAAUAGUGAAGGAAUGUCGGUACCAGUAUGUGCAGCGUAUAAUGGACCUGGAAUCAAGUGAACCACCACAUAUUUUCGUAUACAUGGAUGAGGCUGGCUUCAACUUGGCCAAAGGAAGAAGACGUGGGCGUAAUCUGAUUGGACAGAGAGCUACUGUUGACGUGCUAGGCAAGCGGGGUGGGAACAUCACUAUGUGUGCGGCUAUUUCGGACAAUGGGGUCCACACUCAUAUUCCUCUUGUAGGGCCAUACAACACCCAACAUCUGCUGACCUUCUUGAACACCCUCUACAGGGAUCUCAUUCCUGAAGAGGAGAUUGGUCAAGAAAAUGUACCACAGUAUGUGAUCAUUUGUGAUAAUGUGAGUUUCCAUCACUCCAACCUAAUCAGACAAUGGUUUGCCAACCACCGCAGGAUGCUGAUGGAAUUCCUACCUCCAUAUUCCCAAUUCCUCAACCCAAUUGAGGAGUUCUUCUCAGCUUGGAGGUGGAAGGUAUAUGAGCGUAACCCACAUACACAAAUGACACUGCUUGCUGUCAUGGAAGCUGCGUGUGGGAAUAUAACAGCAGAUGCCUGCAGAGGCUGGAAAAGACAUUCUAGGAGGUUCUUUCCAUGCUGCAUUGCAAAGGAAGAUAUCCGUUGUGAUGUGGAUGAGAACAUGUGGCCCAAUAUACAGGAUCAGCAGUAA